GUAAGGCUGCAAGGCACGGGUAAACAGUACAAAUAAUUCACUUUUACUAUGUCUUUUAUAGAAGUCAGCCCUGACAGCGAUUUCCCAUUGCAGAAUUUGCCGUAUGGUGUGUUCUCAACGGCAGAUAACCCCACCCAUCGUAUUGGUGUUGCUAUUGGUAACCAGGUGUUAGAUUUAAGUGUCAUCAGACACCUGUUUACAGGACCAGCUCUUCUGAACCACCAAGAUGUCUUUGCUGAGACCACUCUGAACUCCUUUAUGGGUCUGGGCUGUGCUGCGUGGACAGAAGCCAGAUCGACCCUACAGCGCCUCCUGUCCAACCAGGAACCACUACUCUGUAACAACAAGGAUCUUAGAUUUAGGGCAUUUGUUCCACAAUCUGAAGCAAUCAUGCACCUACCAGCUAGAAUAGGAGACUACACUGAUUUUUACUCAUCAAAGAACCAUGCCUUCAAUGUUGGCUGUAUGUUCAGGGGACCAGAGAAUGCACUUAUGCCAAACUGGAAGCAUCUACCAGUUGGUUACCAUGGCAGGGCCUCCUCUGUCGUUGUAUCAGGAACCCCCGUCAGACGACCCAAUGGUCAGACCAGGCCAGAUGAAUCUCAGCCCCCUGUGUUUGGCCCCUGUAAGCUGUUUGACUUUGAGCUGGAGAUGGCAUUCUUUGUUGGCCCCGGUAACCAGCUGGGAGAACCAAUCAGUAUAGAUAAGGCAGAGGAACACAUCUUUGGGAUGGUGCUGAUGAAUGACUGGAGUGCCCGUGACAUUCAGAAGUGGGAAUAUGUUCCACUAGGUCCAUUCCUGGGAAAAAACCUGGGGACCACUAUAUCCCCAUGGGUGGUCACGAUGGAGGCCUUAAAACCCUUCCUGGUUCCUAACACUGCCCAGGAUCCUAAACCUCUCCCAUACCUCUAUCAUGAAGACCCUUACAACCUGGACAUCCACCUGGAAGUAGCUAUUAAAGGUGAAGGAAUGAGCAAACCCUCAACUGUAUGUCGCAGCAACUUCAAGUACAUGUACUGGACAAUGAAACAGCAGUUGACCCACCACACAGUAACUGGUUGUAAUGCCAACCCAGGGGACUUAAUGGCCUCAGGAACAAUUAGUGGAGAGACUGAGGACUCCUAUGGCAGUAUGUUAGAGCUGUGUUGGAAGGGAACAAAGACUGUAGACCUGGGAAAUGGAGAAACCAGGAAGUUUCUAAAGGAUGGGGACGAUGUCAUUAUGACAGGUUACUGUGAGAAGGAUGGAGUGAGGAUUGGAUUUGGUUCCUGUACAGGACAAGUUCUUCCAGCAUUAAACAUGUCUUGAAGCCGGGAACACAGUGUUCAAUCCAUUCAUUGAACAUUUUUAUUUCAUUUGUUGUUUUUCAAUUAAAGCCCAUUUUUUAUAGAUAUCCUAUGAAUAAAUGCUAGUGUAAUGUGUGGUUUGAAAUACUUUGAGGGCAAGAAUCUCAAUUUCCAAGCUACA